AUGUCUAGCAGGUUAUUAAAAAAAAUUUUAAAAGAGAAAAAUCGAGAUGAAAUAAACAAAAUAAAAGAAAUUGUUGAAGCAGAAGCAUUAUCUUUUAAACCAAAAAAGAAAAAACACUCCUUUAAGUUCUUGGAAGAUUCACAAGAUGAUGAUGGGGAUGAUGAUACGUCGGAAAGCACAAAUGGGGAGGAGGGCGAUGGUAGAAAAGAAAAGAAAACAAAGGAUGAUAUUGACGGAAAAAAGAGAUCAAAGGAUGAAGAUGCCAAUUUGAGCGAUGAGGAAAAAUGCUACUCCUGUGUGAACAGUAGCAAUAAACAUGGAAAGGUAAAGAAUGGCAAUAACAAAGCAGCUGGUAAGGAAGUUAUAAAAAAGGUAGAAGAAAAAAAGGUACCUCUAUUAGCAGAAGAGGAUAUAUCAAAAAGAGGUAAAAAAUGCAAGAAAAAGAAAAAAAAGAAAAACAUGGAUGAAGAAAUUUCAAGCAUAUUAAACAAAAUAAAUGAAGAAGAUGGGGAAGAAGAAAAAAAGGAAAAAGAACAAGGGGAUAUGGAACAUUCUUUGGAUCCAUCUGAGUAUAAUAAUAAUAAACCAAGCUACUUAUACCUUUUUGCUUGUACACAUGAAAAGUAUGAGUAUUGCUUAAAAUUAGAAAAAAACAAUUUCAAUGUGAAUGUAGAACUAAAAAGAAUAUUUGGAAAAGAUUUUAUUAAAGAUAAAAAGUUUAUAAAAAAGAGUAAAAUAAAAUAUUUGAAAAAUUGGCUAGUUCAAGAUUAUACAACGAAAACAAUUCAACCUCCAUUAAUUAUGAAAUUUGAUGAAAAUCAAUUUAAAUUAGAAAAAUUAAAAUUAUAUUUGGAAGCAGAAAAUUUAUUUUAUGUAUUACUAGACAGUCAUGAUAUACAAGCAAUGAAUGAUCUGUUAAAAAAAUACCCAUUUCAUAUUGAUACAUUAUUAAUAUUAUCAGAAUAUUACAAUGAAACGAGUAAUUUCGAAAUAGCUAAUAAAUUUAUAAAAAUGUCUUUAUUAUUAUUACAAAAUAUAUUUCACAUUAAUUUUAAUCCUAAUUUUUUAAAUAAAUAUAAUCAUGUGUUUGUAAAUCCAUUUCAUUAUGAUAAUAAAGCUUUAUUUAAAUCUUUAUAUAUGCAUAUGCUUUAUCUUGAAAAUGAAGCAUGUACAAUUACUUCGUUAGAGGUAGCCAAGUUAUUAUGCAAGAUUGACUUACGUUAUGAUUUGUGUAGUACUCUACUACGAAUGGACAACUUAAUUUUAAAGUGCAAUUUAUUCGAUUUUUUAAUUUAUUUUUCAUUUAAUUUUGUUUUGCAAAAUGUUGAAUGUGUUAUACCACCAAACAGAUUUAAUGAAAUUAUAGAUCCAUUCUUAGCUCAACAGCAUUCUUCUCUCACUAUGAGUAUACACAAAAACGGAAAAAUUAAUGAUCAUCGACAGGAUGAUAUUUGCAAUUCAUAUGAUAAGGUUGAUUACACAUAUGGAAGUAGCAACAUGGCAGGCAUUAUUGAUGAGAAGGACAACCCAAACAUGGAGGGAAGGUUCACACAGGUUGAGUUGGAAAAGAGACUUCAUUGCGAAGCUCCAGAAGCGGAAGCGAUUCUACGAAAUGAAAAAUUAGAACAAAAUAUGGAAAAUAAAAAUUAUACUACCAAAGCAGGGUCAAAGGAAGGAAGCACUUUCGCUGAUAUAAGCACUCAAAAGGGGGACAUAAACACGGCAUCAUGUAGUGCGAAUGUAGAAAAUGAAGUGAAUAAAGUGUCUAACGGGGAAAAUAAGGUCGACAGCACUUACACCUCUAAUACUGUUAACAUCGCUAACAAGGACAACUGUUUCUCCAACAAAACGAAUGGCGCGCUAGGGAGCAGCCCAUUUGAUAACUUCGAAAUUAGGCUGCACUUAAUUUUGCCAAACUUUGCAUUUUCCGUAGCCCUAUGUUUGUACUUGAAAAAUAAUUCUUAUGUUGAUUAUAAUCAGAUAAAACUAAUUAGUAAAAAUGAUAUAAUAAAUUCCUUUUCAUAUAAGGAAUGUAAAUAUAUGAAGUUCCAUUUUAAUAUUAAUUUUAAUUGUUAUAAUUCUGUAGGGUCUAGUUGCAAUGAGGGGGAUUUAUUUUCCAUUUCUUUUUGUGCUCACUUGUUUUUAAUAAGAGCUUUAUUAUGUUACCCCACAUUUUUACACCUUUUUUUAAAUUUUAAUAAUUUUAAAUCAAAAGUAGUGAAACAAACCAUUUAUGAUAAUUUAACGUUUAAUGACAUACUAGCUAAUCCCCCUUUUUCAAAUAGCACCCUAUUUAGUGCAGAAGAAUAUGAGAGUGUACAGAAAAUUAUUUCGUGCUAUCUAGAAAAGAACAAUAUAUAUUAUAAGUCAGAAAGGAUCAUCACCUGGUUUCACGUAUGCUGCAGUUUCAUACAUGAGCUCUACAAGGACACAGAAGCGUCCCAGGAAGUGGAAGCAGCACGCAAGGAUUGGCGGAAAAAGAUCCCACUGUUGGACAUAAAGAAGUACAAAGACGUGAGGGUAGGAGAAUUCAAGUCAAGAAAUUAUUUAUUACCUGAUUUUAUGAUGGAAAAGAACAGAGCUUAUUCAACGAAUAUCCCUAGUGUUACUUCCAAUUAUUAUGUUUCGUUAAAUAGUAAUUUGUUGAUAGCCUUUUUUCAGAGUUUGCUCCCCUGGUAUCAAGUAGACUACUAUGGCACGCAUUCGAGGCCUGUGUACUUAUCAACAUUUUUAAGAACAAUCAUAAAUGAAACGAAGAGACUUUUUAACUUUUCAUGA